CUAAAGAUGCUCCCUCGUAUAAAUGCCAUGUUCCUCUUAACACAUUCUCCAAAAUUCAACCACUACUACUACCCCACAAUAGUUGGUUCAAAAUCUUUGUGAACUAUGGCACUUCCUAUGAAAUCAUAUAUACCAAUUUUCUCCUUAUUCAUUUUGACACUAGCUCUUUCUUGUAAUGCUGGUGAAAUUUCUAUUUAUUGGGGCCAAAAUGCAAAUGAAGGAACUCUAGCAGAAACUUGUGCCACCGGAAACUAUGAAAUUGUGAACAUAGCUUUUCUAGCGACUUUUGGCAAUGGCCAACAACCCACGAUAAAUCUUGCUGGUCAUUGUGAUCCAAGUCUUGGCGAGUGCACCAAAUUAAGCCCGGACAUAAAAUCGUGCCAAGCAAAAGGAGUCAAAGUAAUCCUAUCCAUUGGAGGUGGCGCUGGAUUUUAUUACCUUUCCUCUGCUGACGAUGCUAGGGAAGUUGCCACUUAUCUUUGGAACAAUUUCUUAGGGGGACAGUCGAGCACUCGUCCUCUUGGCGAUGCUGUUUUGGAUGGAAUCGACUUUGAUAUUGAAGGCGGAACGAAUCUAUAUUGGGAUGUUUUGGCCAAGUCACUUUCUGCAUAUAGUAGUAUGGGGAAAAAGGUGUAUUUAACAGCAGCCCCUCAAUGCCCAUUCCCUGAUGCUUGGAUUGGAAAUGCAUUAAAAACAGGGGUCUUCGAUUACGUUUGGGUUCAAUUCUAUAACAAUCCUCCUUGUCAAUACAGUUCUGGUGAUAUUAACAAUCUUGAAUCUGCUUGGGAACAAUGGACUUCAGAUAUUCCGGCUACAAAGAUUUUUCUGGGAUUACCAGCAGCUCCUGCAGCCGCGGGAAGUGGAUUUAUCCCUGCUGGUGAUCUCACUGCUCAACUUCUUCCCAAAAUAAAGGGCUCAACUAAGUACGGUGGUGUAAUGCUUUGGUCAAAAUACUAUGACGAUCAGACUAAUUAUAGUUCUUCAAUCAAGAAUGAUGUCUGAAAUGGGGAGCCAUAUGUUAAGUCUUAUAGUGACUAAACAUGCUGGGGGAAAAUUGAGCCGUAUGUUAGUCUUAUAGUGACUAAACAUGCUGGGGGAAAAUUGAGCCAUACGUUAGUCUUAUAGUGACUAAACAUGCUGGGGGAAAAUACAUAUAUAUCUAAUAUCAUCUCUUUUUAUACAUAUAUAUAUAUAUAACAUUAUGUAAAUAAGUUUUCGCUAUAUGAGUCGUGCACUACUUUUUAUUUGUCAAGGUUCCUCCUACAGCAGAAAACAAAACAACAGAACUUGUGUCUUUUUUCC